GUAGGCUGAAGAAAGUUCCGGUUCAAAUAUGCUUCCCUUUUAAGUUGCUGACACGUGCUUGUGGUAUAAACAGUAAAUGCUUACUGCUUAGCAGUCAUGUGCAAGUUAAUUAUUAGAAGAGGAAAUUCCCCAUUGCAAUCAGCAAUCCUGUUGCAUUCAGUAAAUUCGUUAGUAAACCUUGAAGUAGUUUCGCUAUACAGUAUACCAAGUCAGCAAGCAGCUUAAAAAUUAUAUAAGAAAUGGACCUGCAAGAUGUGAUACGGCUAUGUUUCAAGUGUUGGCAAGCUUGCAAGGAAAUUUGGUCCUAAGGAGAUGACGGAUAAAUUCCGGUUAUUUGGGAAAUAUUUGCUGCGGAGUGGAGUAACAACACUACCCGCUGUGCUGAACACACGUUCAGAUGGAGCACUGGUAGCACACAUGCACAAAUAUUUACGUGCGACGCUGGCCAUGAGAGGAAACCGUCCCUGGUUAGCUUUCCACCAGGAGAGUGGGCGGCUGGUUAGAUGCUACUCUAAGGUGAUGGAUCAUCAUGUGGACACCAGUACGCAGACGGACCCAGUCGUAGUCCUGUCGCUGGCCCAAGCUGCUGUUCUGGGCCUCAUCUCCCAGAAUGAAGUCUUUGGCGCCACCAUCGCCCCCAACGGGUUCUACAUGGGAGACACCAAAGACUCUCCCACCCUUGGCGCGGACACCCCCUACGAGUAUGCUGACCAGCUCAUCGGGGCUAAUGGUGACUAUCUGGUUGAGCCCAGCCAUGAAGGCCAGGGGCUAAUCCAGACCACACCCCUGAGCAGGGAGGGAGUGCAGUCAAAGGGGAUUGAGAGCAGGAUCAUUGGGGACCCAUCAGGCCAGCUCCCAGGGUGUGAGGGAGAAGUGAAAGGGGAGGAGGUGCCAGAGCCUGAAUUGUUGCACCCCCCUUGUUUUCACAUGCUUAAUGACCUGGUCCCGAGAGAUGGUGUACAGCUUGUGGACCCUUCCAGCUACCGGGUGACUCCAAAAGAGGAGCACUCAAAUAACUGCUGUCCUGAAUGUGAGAAGGAGGUGCAAAGCCGGCUGGGAGGAGCACAGCCCGAGGAGGCUCCCCAAGGGGGCCAAGCAGAAGUGGAGGAUGUUCAGGAGCAGCAGCUAGAGGAUGACGAGGAGGAGGAAGAAGAGGAGGAGCCGGCAGAAGAGCAGGAGGAAGAGGAGGACGAAAGACCUCUCAAAUCUGGAGAGGGGGAGGACAGCCCAGAGAUGAGCCACUACUUGGAGUCGAGUGAGGUGGGAUAUGAGUCUGUGGAGAUGGGGGGUCCGGGUGACUUUGAGGAGAACAGCCAAGGCCUGGUGUGGGUGGAGGCUGGGGAGGGUGGCGGGAAGGGCCAGCACUGCGGUCAUCGUGUGCAGAUAGACCGGCUGGACAUCAAUGUGCAAAUUGAUGAGUCUUACUGUGUGGACGUGGGGGAGGGGCUCAGGCGCUGGAAGUGCCGCAUGUGCGAGAAGUCAUACACCUCCAAGUACAACCUGGUCACCCAUAUUCUUGGCCACAAUGGCAUUAAGCCACAUGCCUGCCCACACUGCGGAAAACUUUUCAAGCAGCCCAGCCACCUGCAGACCCACCUGCUCACCCACCAAGGCACCCGGCCACACAAAUGCACCGUCUGUAAGAAGGCCUUCACCCAGACCAGCCACCUGAAGAGGCACAUGUUGCAGCACACCGAUAUCAAGCCCUACAGCUGCCGCUUCUGUCGCCGAGGCUUCGCCUACCCCAGCGAGCUGCGGGCGCACGAGACCAAGCACGCUAGCGGGCGCUGCCACAUGUGCUCGCAGUGUGGCAUGGAGCUACCAAGCCUGGCACACCUGAAGCGGCAUCAAACCAGCCACCAGGGCCCCACCACCUACCAGUGCUCUGAAUGCAACAAGUCCUUCACGUACCGCAGCCAACUGCAGAGCCACCUACAGAAGCACAAGGCCAUCCGGCCUUUCAUCUGCGCAGAUUGCGGCAUGGAGUUCAUCCAGAUACACCACCUCAAGCAACAUGUGCUCUCGCACAAGGGAAUGAAGGGCUUCAGGUGUGAUGUGUGCUCACGUGAGUUCACCCUUUCGGCCAACCUGAAGAGGCACAUGCUGAUCCAUGCCAGCGUGCGCCCCUACCAGUGCCAUGUCUGCUUCAAGACCUUCGUCCAGAAACAGACACUCAAGACCCACAUGAUUGUACACCUGCCUGUCAAACCCUUUAAGUGCAAGGUGUGUGGGAAGUCCUUUAACCGAAUGUACAACUUGCUGGGACACAUGCACCUCCACGCAGGUAGCAAGCCAUUCAAGUGUCUGUACUGCUCCAGCAAGUUCAACCUGAAGGGCAACCUCAGCCGGCACAUGAAGGUCAAGCACGGCAUCUCUGACACCUCCCCUGAUGGACAAGAUGCUCUUCCUGACAUGGAAGGCCAGGAGGACUUUGAGGAGAACUUUGACUUUGCGGGACAUGAAAAUCUUUCUGGAAACAAGGCACAAGCAUUGGGCAAACUCUCUGAGGAGGCCAUUCAAGAGAUGGAAUACUACAACUUCAGCAAGGACACAGAGCGUUACAACACAGCAUGAAGCAGCUAGCACACUGAGGCAGUGUGAUAGAAAAUAAACUUUUUUAACACCAGCACUGACUGUUACAGGCAGUGAUUGGGCAUGUAGGCCCCUAAUACUAUAAAACUACUCUGUCCUAAAUGGAGCUGCUGCAGGGAAAAAAUCAGAAGUGGACUGGAGAAGCCAUUUUGGAUCUGUUUUGUGUUACACAGAGCCAAGAAAUCAGUCACUUGAGGAAAUGGUAGUGCUUUAAUUGAUUUCACUGAUGUUUAACAGAAGCUUUAAGGAGAAGCCUGAUGGCAGAGUCUUUAAAGGGGAAUUACACUUUAUAACACUUCUGCUUCUCAUGACUGAUAUUGUCCUAAUGAAUGUGUCGCCCUUCAUUUUUCGAUUAGUUAUUUCAUUAUGUUAAUAUUUUACGCUGUUUUGUU